UUUCAUAUCUUAUUAAUUUUAACUAUGUAAUCAACGAAAAUUUCUAUCUGAUAGGGCUUACCCUCCAAAAAUCGCUUUAAUUAUAAAUGAAUAAUAAUAUUGCUUAACACUUUAUUAAACUUAACUAAAUAAGCAGUUAACUCUGGAGAAAGUUAGAAACACACGUCUUCUCGUUUGAGUUCUCUACGUACCGUCCGAUUGAAGAAAUCGCCGCCUCUGAGCGAUACAUCAGAGCUGUCAAGUUGUCAACUUUCAUUUUUACGUUUGUUACUACUGUCGUUGUAAGUUUACUUUUGAAGAUUUUCUUUUGAUUGUCGGUUUUCGCUUCUGGGUUAUUUAUUUUCCACAUUCCUUGGCUUUGAAAUAAUAAGUCGAAUCUGAUUGUAUUUUACGGACAACAGUAACCUUUUCUGGAUUAUCUUUACCAUGGCUUUGGAUCGGAAAUCAUGGAAUGAGUUUGCUGCUGCCUACAAGACUUUCAUUCGGAAUUGCGAUCUUGCGGAGCGGAAUCGCUUUCCCGUUUUUGAGCUGGAGAUCUCCUGGGAGAAAGUGGAUGUUAAAAUGCCCUGGCGCGAAAAGAAACCUGCUCAUCUGUCCUUCGUGCCGUCACUUUCCUCGGGACCGCCGGAUCAUCGUGAACUAACUGGGGAUCCUGAUAGUGGGCAGAUGAUCCGAUAUUUCAAAGCUCCCUGGCUGGAUGUUCAAUGGUAUCUGGAUCUGGAACUUUUGCCCGUUAUUGACGAUGGUACGAUGUCGUAUCAGUUCCGUAUCCCAUUCAGCCAAGCGCAAAGCACGGCCGCCGUAUCCACGGCGCCAUCGGCAGACGAAGCCGGCCCUUCCCAACCGGCCGGUGGGAAAAUGGAGCGCUUGAAAGAUUUCAAAGAAGGCAUUGCUCGGCGUCUGCGCGGUGAACGCUCUUCAGAGAACCGGCGCAGCUUGUUGAAUACUCUACAACGGGAUACGAAGGAUCCCGACUGUGUUCUUCUCGCCGCCUGUCGCUGGGAAGGACGAGCCAUGGACGCUUUCACCAUCCUCGGCGCAAAGGUCAGCGUGGGAUCGUUGGAUGUCGUCGGGCGAGAACCGUUCCAGAUGCACGAAACCGGGCCGGCGUCUUUUGUGCUGGAUUCCGCGCAUGCCGCACACUGGCAGCAUCCACACGAACAUGGCAGUCGUCACGGGAGCCUUUAUGGGUUGAAAAAACGCAAUGACUGGCUGAACAGCUAUCAGGUUUUCUCGAGGAACAUGAACGCUGCCGCUGACGACAUUACGACCACUGUUACGUUGACGCUGACCAUUCAGAUGAAUGAGCUCAGUAUUCCGAAAAUGGGCUUUCCAUUUGAUCGACUGGGGAUGGCUGAUAACGAGUUAUUCGAAGCGACGCUGGAGAGUCUGCGGAAACCUUUGGAAGGCUCGGUGCAUGUUCGAGGAUGGCAUGACGAUGAUUACUAUGUUCCACAGGAGAUUUUGUCGUCUUCCAGUGAAUAUUUUCGAACGUUUCUCACCGACAACUGGAUGCAUGAUACCCCGGGGAAGGAAACAAUAAUUUUUCCGCAGGUUCCUCCGUUCACUGAGAAUCCGCACAUUGUGCCAGAAAUUCUGUUUUUCCUCGUGCAGAAAUCGGUUGUUCCAAACCUAACGGAAGACUAUGCGGAUUUAAUGGUGGCGGCGGAUGUUCUCGAUAUGCCGGAGUUAAUGGAAGUGGCGUCGAUUAGUAUGUUGUCAAUGAUUAAUCUGGAAAAUGUGACAGAGACGAUACGUUUUUCGUGGGAUCGCAGGGCUGAUUUGCUGUUCCGGGCCGCGCUGUUAUAUUUGAAAUCUAAUUAUGAUCGAGUCUGGUUAAAUGAUCGGGAUGAUCUGGCUGAUCUGGGGCAGACAUUGUCUCACCCAAAUUUUUUGGAAGCUUUCACAAUGGUGCGCUACAAAUAGAUUUAUUGUUCGGAAACGUAAGUACGUGUUUCUAGUUUCUGCCCUAUCUGCUGUUAUCGUUGGUGAAUGUGCCUGUUUUCCUCUUGAUCCUAUAAUUUUUCUCUGGCUGUAAACUUUGUGUCAGCACUGUAUAUUGAUUCUGUUUUUUAUUCGGCAUAGCGAUGGAUCUGACUUGUUUUAGAGAAUUGGUACAUAAUGAUCAGUGUGCAGCAGCAAGCUAAAUAAAUGAUUAUUUUGCAGCGGUUUGGUGAUGCUAAUCCAUGUACUUUCUUUUUGUGCAUAAAUCUUUACAUCGUACGAUUUCUAAGUAAUAAUUCGUGUGACUAAUAAUAAAUG